AUGUUUCAAACACGUCCGAUGGUUGGUUCAUAUGGGGACACGAACAACGAUCGUGGUCAUGACCGGUAUGAUUCUCCAUUCAAGAGUUUUCCUCCCGAUAGGACGGAUCUAUCGAUGACAACAAAUACCAAAAACCCUUCGACAGUACAACAACGAGCGCCAUAUCCAGUGAGCGAAUGUAACAUUCCCAUGGAGACUACCAAUGAGCCGAUAAUACGACCCAGUGGCAGCAAUGAUAGUAAUGAAGAGAAAAAAUCACGUCAUGGAAGACGUGAUAUUAGUGACUAUUCUCCAAGAGGUCAAGCGUUUUACAAAGUGUAUGAAGAAACUGUGAAUGAUGUAAAGAUUUUUACGCCGGAGAUCCAAAUGAGAUGGUGUGAGAUGUUAUUAUCAGUAUCUCAGGAUCACGAUUUUAUUAGUCAUUAUACAAUAAAUGCCGAGAAGUUGAAAAGAGAAUUAAACUCAGUUGAAUUACAACGAAAUCAGAAGAUUAUAAUUGAACAUGCAUUUAAAGUGUUGACUAAAUUAAUUAAAUUGAAAUGGCCAAAUGCGUAUUUUUUAAUGGGAUGUCUGUAUUCUCAUCGUGUAACACAUUUUGACUUAAUAAAUUAUGAUUUUAUUAAUCAAAAUGAUAAGAAAGCAUUAACAUAUUAUUGUGAAGCUGCAAAAUUAGGACAUUCAGAGAGUAGUUAUAGGGCAGGUAUAUGCUAUGAAUUCAACAAAGGUGUUGACGAAAUGAGCUCUAAGGAACGAAUGGAACAUGCGAUAUAUUAUUAUAAACUUGGAGCUAUUCAAUAUAGGCAUUAUGAUUGUAUGUUUAAAUUGGGGAUGUAUUAUAUAAAUGGAACGAUUCCAGCAGAAGGAAACGAACCAUGUACCACAGGUAUCAAAUGGCUUGAAAAAGCUUGCAAUGAAGGUCAUUCAACGCAGGCAUGUUAUGAAUUAGGUAAGAUAUAUGAAUUUGAUACGUUGAACGAUUUGUUACAAAUUAGAUUAAACAAAGAGAGUAUCGAUCGAGAUCAUAUCAAAUCUUUACAAUACUAUUACCAAUGUGCGAAUGAGUAUGACUAUCCUUUAGCGCAAUGGCGAUUAGGAACAUGCUAUGAAUUUGGAGAGAUGGGAUUACCAAUCAAUUGUAAGAAAUCUAUUGGAUGGUAUAUGAAAGCGUCGACUCCAAGUACAACUACAAAGAAAAGAAAUGUUAACCCUGUAGCAAUGCUAUCGUUAGCCGGCUGGUUCUUUACUGGAUCUACAGAUAUCAUGUCGCCAGACUAUACGUUGUCAUUUGAAUGGAUACAACGCAGUUGUACUACAUCGCAAGGAAAAUUAGCUCGUGCAGAAUAUAUAUUAGGAUACUACUAUCAUAAUGGGAUUGGUACAGCAAUAAACUUACCAAUGGCUACGUUACAUAUGUCAAACGCCGCUAAAUUAGGCCAUUCGAAAUCAAUCGAAUGGAUAGCUCAAUUCUCUAAAUAG